CUGGCCACAGGACACCAGGGUCAACACAGAGGCUCAGUGAGGCAGUCUGGCAGUGGGAUCAAAAUUCCACUGGGAGGGUCCAAUCUGAAACAUGCAGGAUGCAUUCACACUGAGCAGUAAGGACAGACUGGAACACACUCAACAUUAGGAUGACAAGAUUUAUCCUAAUGAGCUCGACCAUGGGAAACUGAGGAUGAGAAAGAGGAUAUUCUGGGACUACCCGCUUCAACUCUCCUGGAUGAUGGAUGGCGAGCCUUUCACUUCCACCGUCCUACCAGCAGGGGAUGCUAUCCCUAACACAGGCAUGACCCUGGAGCAGAAGACUACGUUUGCCUUUGUCAUUUUGCUCUUCAUUAUCCUGGGGAUUCUUAUUGUCAGGUGCUUCCGGAUCCUGCUGGAUCCCUACAGGAGCAUGCCCACCUCCACCUGGGCUGACGGGCUGGAUGGCUUGGAGAAAGGACAGUUUGAUUACACUUUAACAUAACACCCAUGUGGCCUUUGACCAUGAAUGUCAAGCAGUCUAAAACUGACGAGACUGCUCUGCACUUUGUAAGACUUUGUUUACAUGAGGGUGGCAAACCAACGCCUUCUUCUAUAAACCUCUUUACCCAUCCUGGGAAGAGGCUUCGGACAGACAAUGAGAUGUGCUUUUUAGCAGUUGGAUGAUUGCUCCUACAGGGUUUAUCCGCUUUUCUAACAAAUUAAAUUUUUUUUAAUGUUGCUUAAAGUUAUAUAGCUAUCAAAUCAGAAUCCACAUUCUAAGGCAUGAAACAAAACAAUGCCUCCCACUAGGCAUUUCUUUGUUAAAUGUGUCCAGACUGUUAGCAACUUUUAUAUGAAUUUGUGGAACAUGGUAGUGAAAACAACCUUUAUAUUUUACUUUGCUCCUAUUACCUGUCUGUAUUUCAAAUGUAAAAUAUUAGUGCAUUUUGAAGUGUCAUCAAAGUUUCACCAAGGCAACAGCACACUGCAUUAGGUUACUGUACUGUGAUUAACAAAGCUUGCUUUAUGACCUCACUACUGUUGAAUAUCUUGCUCAGAAUUGUGCUUGAAAUGCCUUUAAACUCCUGUGUGGCUCUUUUCAUACUACUUACUCUACUGUGUUGAGUAGAAUUAUCUCAUUAGUCAAUGAAAAGGUAUGCAUGUACGCCGAGUAAGAUGCAACGUUGACUACAGCAAGGAUAGUUAAAAAGAUGACGUUUUAGAUCAUUCCCGCAUUGAGCCUUUAGUUAUGAUGAGGUUUGUUAUAGCUGGUUGAGGGCCUGAUUGCUGCUGUCCACAAAGGAAAAAUUUAAAAGAAAUACAAAUUUAAAAGCUGCUGGGCUAUUGCCAUGAUGAAUAAAAUUACCAAACUAGAUAGGCAAACUGAACGAAACAUCUGUGCAAAGACUGUAAAGCACAAAUGGGGAAAAAUAAAGAAAAAUAAAGGUAGAAAAUUAUAACACUGCAAAACCUGAGUUUCAUUAUCUGAUGUACUGUGCUUUGGUGCCUUCUUUAAAUUCCAGUAUCAUGGUAAGGAUCCAGAUUCCGAUGUCAUCUCAUUACAAUUCACUGCAUGCCCUUCUAAUGUUCAGAAAAGAGGAAUCUUCAGCACAAGUGGUCUUUUUACACAGCAAAGAACAUUUUUCAUGUUAAUUUAAUGGCUCAUCCUUAUAGUGAAACCAAACUUUUUUUUUUUUAAUAGCUUAAUAAGACACAGUUGUGAAAUACGUAUUUUUAAAGGUAUUUGCUGCUUUGCAACUGUAAUAUCUAAUUUAUAUUGUUUUUGAAUGAUAUCAUAAAGAAAACCAAAGGGAAAUUAAUAUUACAGAGUAUGGUGUGACUUACCGGCCUGUUUCCUGUAUGUACAAUGUCUUUCCUGAUUUAGGCCAAGGGAUAAUAAUAGCUAAGGGAACAUGCAUGUCCUUGUUUAGCACUUCAAGAUAUAGCAUUGCUAAAUUAUUACAAAAAAUAUAUUGGAGGGGCCAUUGUUUUUAAUGGUCGGCAACAUAGCUGGUUGGACACAAAGUAAACGAUUCCCAGUGUUCUUUGAACUGAACCUUCUAUGAUGUCCUCUUUGCAAAAUCCCCCUUGGCCUCAAUGUACUACAUCAGACAUAUUGUGUACAAUAUGAUGCCUAUUGUCUUUGACCAGAUUUACAACUUAACAUGAUCCCUACUAAAAUUGCUCAUGUAUGUUUUUUCUUUUUAAUUUUUAUUUUUUUAUUUUUUGUUUGUUUGAAGGGAUUAGCUCCUUGAAGUGUUUUUCAAAGACACUUGUCUAUUGUAGAUAAGGCUUACAAAUCAGCACAUUUGUUAAUCAUCUUUAAUUGUGGAUCAUCUUACCAGGGGUUGAGUAACCGGUACUAGGAUUUAAGUCGAUGGUUUUCUAAAUGAAAAUAUAAUAAAUAGUUUUUUUUUUGAGGGCUGUAGGGCUAGAUAUUACUAAAAGUUCAAUUUCAAGUCGUAUUAAGAAAAUCCCUAUGGUGAUGAUAAUCAGUUGCUGAUAAAGAAAAUGAAAUACAGGGCUAGCUAUUGAAUGUUCAGACCAUCACAUCACAAAUAAAAGUAACUGCAGACAAAUUGCACAACUUCUACAGAUGCAUACCAGAAGGUCAGAUGUCAGUGAAAUUCCUCAGAGGUAAAGCUACAGUACGUAUAGCUUCAGCAUACCAUAGCUGACUGAAACACAAGGGGGUUUUUAGCUGGUUUCAGGUUCUAUCUC